AUGUACAUCACCCUCUACUACAUAGUCACCCGGCUCCCUGACUCCCUUCGCUCGGUCAAGGACCACUUCCUCUCUGUUUGCCCCACCACACUCACCGUUGACCUCCUCGAGGAGCGCCUCCUGGCAGCUGAGAAGAGUAUAGUCGCUGUAGGAGCCUCUCGUGGUGACCCUCGUGCCCCCUUCUUUGAGGGGUGCUCCCCCUCCCCCCUUUUUCCCUCUGUUGCCUCUGCUGCUACCGUCGACUUCGUUGGCAUCGAGUCGGUCGGCGCUGCGUCUGCCCCUUGCGGGAGACGCCACACCGGCAAGGGCAAGGGGGGCAAGGGCGCAGGAGGGGCUGGCGGGGGCGGUGGAGGUGGGGUGGAGGCGGCGGAGGGAGUGAGGGUGGCAGUGGGAGUGGUGGCGGGGGUGGGGGCUUCGGUGGCGGCGGUGGAGGCAGAGGCGGCGGCUGUGGUGGCGGUGGGAGCGAAGGAGGAGGCGGAGGCGGCGGUGGCGGAGGUGGCGGCGGCGGAGGUGGAGCUGGUCGGGGUGGCUCUGCGCAGCAGGGCGGCUUCGGUGGUGCGCGGUGGGGGUGCUGGUCCUUGUGCCUACGUCCUGCGUACCGGCGACCGCACUGGUGAGCCGUGCGGUGGCCCGCACACGACCCAGCGCUGCUUCGGCCGCUUGACGGACGCUUGGCGUCUCCAGUUCCCUGACGCCACUAAGAUCCCCCGCUGGGGCGAGCUGCUUAGGUUGGGGGUUGCUAUCUUUGAUCUAGAUUAUGAUGCCAUUCUUGCUGCCAUGUCUGUUGUGUCGACUAGUGAUGAGGGUGACUGUUACCUGUGUGUUCCGCCUGACCCGGGCAUUGAGGCUGCUGCUCUAGGUGCUGGUGAGGCUGCUGCUCUAGGUGCUAGAGCGUCUGCUGCCCCAGAUGCUGGUGAGUCUGCUCUCUCAGGCACCAUGUCAGCUCAGGCCUUACACACCUUCACCCUUGACUCGGGUGCUUCCCGCUCCUUCUUUCGAGAUCGCACCAUGCUUACGCCGCUCAGUCGGCCAGUUGCGGUCUCCCUGACGGACCCCUCUAGAGGUCCUGUCCUUACCCACUUCUCCACUAUCUUACCGUGCCCAACGGCCCCCUCUGGCACCCUGUCAGGUCUCUAA